GGAGAGGGUGUCACUCCUGACUCCACGGCUAAGUUAGCAGAAGUCUGCUGGCAGCACUCGGAAGGAGAAGUGUUGAAGUGGGCUUUUCUGCAGUGCAGGGCUGUAAUUUGCUGAAGGAGGCAAAGAACAUCCUUCGAUCUAAGUAGGGCUUUUAGUGUGCUCAUUGAUGAGUGAAAGUCGCCACACAUGUCAAGCUAAAGGCAGUUGUUGGGUUACUAACAGGACACAACGUCUUGCAAACAUAUGCGUUAAGCUGUGUAUACAGAUGGCAGGGAGAAUAAUGGAGCAGGCGCCUCUUAUAAAGCUCUAGCUGCUGCCUGUCUUCAGACCUGGGAAAAGAAACUAUUCAGACUCAGGGCCAGAUAGCGCCUGGGAUUGUUUGUUACCGUUUUAAUCCUAUUAAUUAAAACGUUAACCUGAUUGGGUAGAAAGCUCUGUCCCAACAGGCGAGUCUUCUUCAUAAUAACCUACUCUCAGAGAUAAUGAUGUAAAAGACUCCCCCGUCUGCGGCGGCUGCUGGUUGAUGGGUCCGGAAAUCUCUUGAAGGUGAAUCCAAGCAAGAUAAACGGUGGAAGCGGCUCCACUGGCAGCGCACAAUGCCCCAGCGCGGCGCCUGCUGAGGGCGAGCCGGAGCCGCAGCCGGAGCCACAGCCACAGCCCGAGCCACAGCCGCUGCCGGAGCCGCAGCCCGAGCCGGAGCCACCUCCCGAGCCGGAGCCACAACCGGAGCCACAGCCGGAGCCGCCGGAGCCGGAGAAGGGGCAGCCGCGGCGCCGGGCACGGCGCAGCCCCGGCGGGAGCCGGGAAACGAUUUCUGCCAGCGGGACGCCGGGGAGCCGCCCGCCGCGGCGCGGAGCCUUGGAGGAGCGGGCCGGGAACUGAGGGGGGCGGAGGAGGCGGAGGCGAGCGGGGCGCCGAUGGAGCGGGCGCUGGGGCUGCCCGCAGAAGAGGACCUCUUCCACAAGAGCCUCGCCGCCUCGGCCAAGCGCAUGGAGUCCGCCUUCCGCUCGCCCCCGGGGCUCGACCUCUCCCACCCCCGCGACCGCCAGCCCUCGCCGCUCGCCUGCUACGAGGCGUCGGAGCCCGAGGCGCUGCUGCAGCCCGGAGUCGGCGGCGACCCGCUGGCGCUGCCGCCGGGCUCCGUCUGCGUCAAGUACGGCGAGAGCGCCAGCCGCAGCUCGGUGGCCGAGAGCAGCGGCGGCGAGCAGAGCCCCGACGACGACAGCGACGGCCGCUGCGAGCUGGUGCUGCGCGGCGCCGGGGGGGACCCGCGCGUCGCCUCGCCGGCGGCGGGCGGCGGCGGAGGGGGGGGCGGGGGGCUGAAGGCGGCCGAGGGCAGCUGCUCCAACAGCCACGGGCACGGCGGCAGCAAGAAGUCCAAGGAGCAGAAGGCGCUGCGGCUCAACAUCAACGCGCGGGAGCGGCGGCGGAUGCACGACCUGAACGACGCACUGGACGAGCUGCGGGCGGUCAUCCCCUACGCGCACAGUCCCUCGGUGCGGAAGCUCUCCAAGAUCGCCACGCUCCUCCUGGCCAAGAACUACAUCCCCGACUCGCCUCGCCUCGCUCUUCUCCUGGGCUGCCGCCGAGACGGGACCGCGACGGGAGCCAGCGUGCGUGCGGCGGCGGGGAGGGGGCGCGGGGCCGGGGGUGCCGCGGGGAGGAAGGAAGGAAGGCCCGGCCCGGGGGGCGCCGGGGGGGCUCGCUGCGCGUCCGGACAAAGGAGAGGCCGGGAAAUAGCAGGCCGGGCUGGGAGCCGGGGCUAUCGCCGGGGACAAAUCAGAGUGGGCACUUGA